AUUUAGUAAAUUUUAAACUGCAGCUGAAAACAGUUAUAAAAAUAUAGUUAAAGAUAUAAAAAAUACAAAAAAUGCCAAAAGAAUUGAAAAAUCGUGUGAUCUGUAGAACUUCUGACAGUAUCAACGAACUUCACAGCCCAUUGUACGAAGAAACUUAUAAAAAGUCAUUAGAAAAACCAGAUGUGUUUUGGAAUGAUCUAGCUAUGCAAUUAAUAAAUUGGGAUAAAAAAUGGGACUGCGUUGUAGAUAAUCAAUCGCAACCUUUCACAAAAUGGUAUGUGAACGGUUACUUGAAUGCUUGUUAUAAUUGCAUUGAUAGACAUAUAGCAGAAGGAAGAGGUGACAAAAUUGCAUUAAUUCACGACAGUCCCCUUACUCGAACUAUUCGAAAAGUAACUUAUCAAGAGCUGCAUGAUAUUACUGCAAGAUUAGCAGGAGGCUUAAAGAAAUUAGGGGUUCAAAAAGGAGAUCGUGUGGUAAUUUAUAUGCCCCUUAUUCCUGAAGCUGUAAUAGCAAUGUUGGCUACUGUUCGCUUAGGCGCCGUACAUUCCGUUGUUUUUGGAGGAUUCGCUGCAAAUGAGUUAUGUACAAGAAUUGAACAUGCGGAACCAAAAGUAAUAAUAGCGGCCAAUUGUGGUAUUGAGCCAACAAAAAUAAUUAAAUAUCUUGAUAUUUUGCAUGACGCACUAUUUAUGUCUCAAUGGAAACCAAACAAAAGUAUAAUUUUUCAACGCAGCAAUAUAUUAAAGUCUGAGCUAAACAUUCGUACUGAUAUUAGUUGGGAAGCUGCAUUAGGAGAGCCUGCUGAAUGUGUUUCGGUAGAAAGUAAUGAUCCUCUCUACAUACUUUAUACAUCAGGAACCACAGAUAAACCAAAAGGAGUUCAAAGACCCACUGGAGGACAUUUAGUAACUUUAAUGUAUACAAUGGAUGUGUUAUAUGGUCUGAAGCCUAAUGAUGUUUGGUGGGCUGCUUCUGAUUUAGGUUGGGUAGUUGGGCAUUCAUAUAUUUGCUAUGGACCUUUACUUUUUGGAGCUACAAGUGUUAUGUAUGAGGGAAAACCAGAUCGAACUCCGGAUCCUGCGCAAUACUUUCGAAUAAUAGAACAGCAUAAAGUAUCUGCUAUAUUUUCUGUUCCAACGGCUUUUCGUGUAAUAAGGCGUGUUGAUCCAGACAUCAGAUAUGGACGAAAGUUCAAUUUAAGUACUUUACGCACAAUUUUUAUUGCUGGGGAACAUUGUGAUUUGGAAACAAAAAGAUGGAUAGAAAAAACCUUUAAAGUUCCUGUACUUAAUCAUUGGUGGCAAACUGAAACGGGCAGUGCAAUUGCCGCAACAUGUGUAGGCUUGGAUCAAAGCCUGUGUCCUCCGAACUUUAGUACUGGAUUACCGUUUGUUGGAUAUGAUAUUCGUGUAUUGCAUCUGAAUGGCAUGGAAACUAAAGCGAAUGAACUUGGAAGGAUUGUAGUAAAACUUCCUUUACCACCUGGUAAUAUGUCAACUUUAUUUAAAAAUGAUGAUUUAUUUGAAGCUGUCUAUUUUCAAAAAUUUCCUGGUUUUUAUGACACGAUGGAUGCUGGAUUUAAAGACGAAAAUGGAUAUGUAUAUGUCACUGCAAGAGAUGACGACGUAAUAAAUGUGGCUGGUCAUCGAAUUUCCACGUCUAGUCUUGAAGAUGCAGUUCUACGACAUCCUGAUAUUGCAGAUGCUGCUGUAUUUGGAGUGCCUGAAAUAACAAAAGGCCAAAUCCCACUAUGUCUAUAUGUCACAAGAGAUGGUGUUGAUAAGCCAACAUCUAAAAUAUCGGUAGAACUUAUAAAAACUAUUAGAGAAAUCAUUGGUCCAAUUGCAGCCUUUAAGUUAGUCAACAGAGUAAAAGGUUUACCUCGAACAAGAUCAGGUAAGACAAUGAGAAAAACAUUAGCUGAUUUCGCCAGCAACAAAAUGGUGUACUUACCUGCUACAAUUGAGGACUCAUCGGUGUUUAAUGAUAUUAGACGAGCAUUACAAGAACUUGGAUAUGCAAUGACUGCCCCGGAUCCUGCUCCAUUUCAGAAAAAAUGUGAUUAGCUCUAGUAAAGUUUUAUUUACAAAAUUAAAUUAAAAACUAAUUUUAUGGUGUAUAGAUCUACAUAUAUUCAAUAUAUUUCAAAUGAUUGUGUACCUAUCUUCGUUUAAAAAAUCAAAUUAUUAAUCUUUUAUACAUAUAUUUU